GACUAUGAUUCAGGUGAGAGAGAUAUAAUAUUUUGUGUAAUUCACAUUUUUGUUUUUAAUCGAAAGUGAUUUUUUUUUAUUUCAAAAAGAGAAAAAAGAAAUGUUCAAAUUUUUUAUGGGUAUUGUUAUUAUUAUGAGCUCCUGGUAAUAGUUAGUUCCAGAGCUUAUUGCAGGGGAUCGCUCGAUCUUUUGCUCUUUAAAAUCCACAGUUUCUUGAAAUGUUCACCAACGUUCAAAGGCAGGAAGAGCGUACCGGCAAAUAUGGAACUCCGAGGGUGCAAUACCUUCAGGAGCUAGUGUCUCGGUUUCAAAAUGCAUCAGAUGAAGAAACCAAAGAGCAGAUUGUGGCUAAUUUGGCAAACUUUGCAUAUGAUCCAUUCAAUUAUACUUUUUUACGCCAGCUUAAUGUUAUAGAGCUUUUUCUGGAUUGUUUAACUGAGCCUAAUGAGAAGCUUGUGGAAUUUGGUGUUGGAGGGAUCUGUAAUUGUUGUGCAGAUCCUACUAAUGCUGCACUAGUAACUCAAAAUGAUGGGAUACCACUCGUUAUUCAAUGCCUAUCAAGUCCUGUUAGAAACACGGUGAAUUACGGACUCGGUGCAUUGUAUUAUCUCUGCAAUGCUUCGAACAAGGAAGAAAUCUUGAAGCCAGAAGUAUUAGAUGUGAUCAGAAGGUAUGCCGCAGCCAAGGAGGUUAGUGUGAGCUUCAGUAACCUGGCUCAAGCAUUCUUGGAUAAGCACGUUUCAGAGCUGAAUCAAGGAAAUAACUGAAUGAACUAUACAACCACUCCUCUUCAUACUGGUUAUUCAAGAUGUUGAGUGGAAGGGCAGAACCAAUCUUAUAUUAAUAGGGAGAAUUCGUCAAAAAAAUGGGCAAUCAAUAAUGAAAUGCCAAAGUAAAAGCAGCACUUUUUGUGAUCUAAUUAAGAACUAAUAGUGUCAUUGCCAAUUGUAACGCCCCACUGAGCCGGUCGGUGGAGUGUCGCCAUAGGUCGUCAACGUUCACUUGUGUUGACUCGUGAUUUACCACCACAGAAUCAUUAUUAUGAUUCGGCAUUUGACAUUGAUGUACCUUUCUGAUUAUGGGUAAUAAUAAUUUACAUUUUAC